AGCCCGGACCUGCCAGAGUCCCUCAGCCCGGACCUGCCAGAGUCCCUCAGCCCGGACCUGCCAGAGUCCCUCAGCCCGGACCUGCCAGAGUCCCUCAGCCCGGACCUGCCAGAGUCCCUCAGGGGGGAUUGAAAGGCCCAGUGCAGUCAAAAUUCAAUUUUUUUCUCGGUUUUAUACCAGUGUUAUUUCCCGAUAGUUGCUGGUUGAAAAUAAAGUCUAAACAGGACCUUCUAAUCAGCAGGUUUGCAUGUGCGGGAUUUUCGGCUUUCCAUGGUGACAUCGCCAUGCGGUAAAUUAGUAAUAGACCAAUAACAAAGAGAGUUCCAAACCUCUCUGCCAAUAACAGCUAGUUUUCCGUUUUACCCUCCCCAUUCAGACCACACCCAGACAUUCCUAACAAAAUGAUUGCUUGAGAAAUUGUUUUGUUUUUUGCUAAAAAGCCAUUUCUAAAAUCUGCAUAAAAAAUGUGCACAUUUUUGUGGUGUUUCCACCAAACGGAUAAUUUGCGAAUAAAAAUAUGUGCGUGAUGACGUUUUGUCCACAAAAUUAACUUUUUCACUUAGGUUUAAACGUACCAAAUAAAAAUCUAAAAUUCAAUGUGUUUCCGUCACAUUUUUAACUCUACUGAUAGUUUUGUCCCCCAAAAAACUGUUGCCUUAUAUAGCAAAUGUGCCUACUCUAGUUUUGGUGCGUGCGCCCUAGUCAACAGUUCGCAGAUACAGUGCGGGUAGGCUGGUCUACAUGAUGAGAUUACUAUAGAUAUGAGCAAGAAUAUUUUUAUUUGUCAAACGGCAGUCAAGCAUCGAUCAUCAUGUCACCAGAAUAAGACCCUUGGAAAUGUGCAUCAAGAUCACCGUGCACUUUCACCACCCUGUGAAGUUCAUCAGAACUUAUUUAAUCUGCAGCCUAAUAAACUGUAUGGUUUCCUGAGUCGUAGUGGGAGGACCACACAGUAUGUCAUUGCGUGACUCCAAGUUUACUUCGAUAUCAUGGUUAUUAUAUCAAUGUUUGGUAAUAAAGGCGUUUCCACCGCCAUUUCUCGCAUAAUACAUUUUACCGACACAAAAAGAUCCCAACAUGUCGAACGAACAAAUGUUCUUUCGGAAUGUAUACAAUUGUACCGAAACUUCCUGUUUCCAUCAGAGCUGUCGUGAUUUCUUUUACACAGUACGACUUUACUCGCAUAAAAACUGGAUGGAAAUGUGGUAAGGUACUUAAUAGUUACCCAGAAAUAUUUGACAUCAGCAUAAUAACAGCUGCACUGGGCCUUUUAACAAAGCAUUUCUGAGGGUAUCAUGCAUACCUUAAUAAGGUAGGCUACUAGUAAAUAUUGGAGUACGUAGUUAUAUUAGGCAAUCUAAUGAAAAUAAUGAGCUAAUAAUAUAAGAAUUCCGGUAUUGGAAGUUUUUGAGGUUCAUAAUGCAGGUGAUUUAUGUGUCUUUGUAAUGAAAUGACGGGGCCAAACCUGACCCAUACCUGUAGGUGGCAUAUAUAGACCCCUUUCUGUGUUUGCAAACAUUGCCGCAUGAGGGCGAUCCGCGCAAGUUAGUGGCAGAACAAAGGGGAGUUCUUAUAGAACGGCAGCAAAAAAAAAAGUGCAUUUCACACUACUUUUGGAUUAGAAUGACAUUUUAAGGCUCGUCUGAAUGUCCUGCUUAAUAUAAUGUGUGUAUCAUCAUCGCAAAUCAUUUAUUUUGCAAAGAUCACAACCGAAUAUAAUCUUAGGGACUGUUCAUGCAAGAAUCAAAACAUAAGCAUAUGAGAACCCAAAACAGUUUUUUUUAGGAGUAAUAAAAACGUAAAUCUAGGCUAUGUUGAAAAGGCGUAGAUGACGAUGGCUUUCUUACUGCCCCCAAUAGUCGGUCAGUGUGCCGUGUACUGGAAAGGGGUCUAUAUCUACUCAGAAGGGCGAGGCACGCUACAUCUCAUUCUUACAUAUUGAUUUUGGUUUUGAUGUAUUGAGAGGGAAAUGAUAAGGUUUGCCAUAUUUUCAUUUAAAGGUGAUAUUUUGAAUUUGGGAAUACAAUAUAUUGUAUAUAGUGGUGUAAAGUGAGUAAGUAAAGAAAAUAUGUAUUUUUUACUCCUAUUAUACAUUAUACAUUUUCCGUGACACCCAAAAGUACUCGUUACAUUUCGAAUGCUCAGGUAGGACAUCAAUAUGGUCCACUUCAUGUAACGCGUUGUCAUCCCUACUGCUUCUGAUCUGGUGGAUUCACUAACCAUAAAUACAGCAUUUGUAAAUUAAAUAUUGGAGUGUGCCCCUGGCAGUCUGUACAUUAAAAACACAAGAAAAUCGUGCCAUCUGGUUUGCUUGCUAUAAGGAAUUUUAUGUAUAGCAUUUACUUACUAAAUUAGUAAUUUUUCCACCACUGUACUUAAGUACAUCUAAAACCAGAUACUUUUAAACUUUUACUCAAGUAGUAUUUUACUGGGUGACUUUUAUUUUUACUUUAGUCAUUUUCUAUUAAGGUAUCUUUACUUUUACUUAAGUAUGAGAAUUCAGUUAUUUUUCCCACCACUGAUUUUAUCAAUACAUUAUUUUGAGAGUCUGUAAAAUACAUGUCAUACUGUACAUUUGUAGCAAAGGCUUCUCGAGCCCUCCAGCCCACAGAUGGCGGUGUACCCAUUGGGUCUACCCCUUUAAACUGCUUUACAGACCAUGUCCACCAAUGAAGAAGAUGUACUUCCUUCCUCCACCAGGUUUUUCAUUGUUUACAAUCGUUCGGUGCAAAGAAACGUGUGUAUUUGAAGCUUAACAUGAAUGAAAUGUGACAUGUUUAGGACUUAGAUAAGUAUCUAGCCGGAAUGUUCUAAUUCCAUGCCGAGCAUCCAACACGGGUUGUUUCUCUGCAAACAUUUGCCUGUUAGUCUAGCCUAGACAUGGCUUUUGCUCCCGCUGUGUGGUUAGCUGCUCAAGCAGAACUAUACGAGGACGACGAAGAGGCCGAGGCAAACAACUUCCCAGAGCCACAGAAAAACUACUUGGGCGAUUACAAUGAUGAUUAUUUAUUUGAGAGGUUCCGUUUAACUAGACCUUGCAUAAGUUUCAUCACGGAUUGCGUCAGGCUCCGGAUGAAAGCCACGCUCCAGCAAAUGAAUGGACCUUCCGUCGAUGAAAUGGUGAUAGUGGCACUGGACUAUUACGUAAAUGGUAUUUUGUCAACCAAAGUCGUAGAUAUGAUUCAAAUGGAGCAAAUGGAGAUUCACGAAGUCAUCAACAAUGUCUCAAAAGUGUUGUCAGGUAUGGUCAGGGAGUUUAUCACUUUUCCCGCGAAUGGUGAGGAACGAGCAAAUGUGGCACACGAGAUCAAGAAAAUAUGCGGGAUUCCGACCUCCAUGGGCAUGGUGGGAUGCAUGCAUGUCAAGGUGAGACCACCUCAGCACGACAAGGAAGCUUUUCGGAACACAAUGGAUAACCACACCGUCAUGACCCAAGUCAUUUGCGAUUGUGAAGGGAAUUUAAUGAGCGUUGAAAACUGCUGCGUUGGCAGCACACCAGAGCAAACCAUAUGGGAUAUGUCGGAUAUUGCCCAGCAACUAAAGCAUGGAGCACAUGGGACGCAUUGGAUCAUUGCCGGAAAAGGCUAUGCGUUGAGCAGACACCUCCUGACGACCGUUUCGCCAGCCAAAGAGAAGGCGGAUCGGCGGUUCAAUGCAGCCCACGGCAUGAUCCACUCGGUCCUCCAGAGGACCAUCACCUUGGUGAAGAGGCGCUUCAGGUGCCUGGCCAAUCUGGGCCAUGUGCAGCAGAACAGUCUGGACAAGAAGGCUGAGAUCAUCAAGGCCUGCUGUGUCCUGCAUAACAUCGCUAAGAAGUUUUCGGUGCCUGCGCUCAACGGUACCGUGCUAGAGACCAUGCACCCGGCUGAGAAUCACCAGGUGCCGGUGGUGGAGGUGCCUAGCUACGCCGAGAAAUCCAGAGCUGCCAUUAUCGGCAUUUAUUUCUCGCAUUCCUCCGGGAAUGACGGCGUUUCAGACUGAGGACAUAUUUGUAUAAAAGGGUUGUUGACAUUUGGGUUUAAUAGGAGGAUGGUUCGGUCCCUUAUUAUAACAGUUUGUGAAAAUAGGUGCUACUGGAUUGACAAAAAAAAUAUUUUAUUUUAUCACGCUUUGUGAUACAUGAAAACCAAAUGACAAUACUAUGGGUUUAUCUAUUUACAUGUUUUUAUACAUUGUCAAUACAUGCCAAGUAAAAAUCUAAUCCUCCAUGGAUCAUUUGAAUUGCGAUUUAGAAAUUGAUAGGCUAAAAUGGACAUUUAUUGAAAACACAAGCAGCAUUGAGUAUUCUAACACAAUGAUUUUAAAAAAAGUACCUACAUGAAUGUGAAGUGUGCUGAAUUCUCCUGAACAUAGCCAGUGAAUGAUUACAUGCAAUAUAUGCUUAAACAUUAUGUACAUGUGAAUAUAUUUAAAUAAAAAUCUCAACAUACAGAAGAAAUUACAAAAUUAAA